GUUUGAGUGGUUCAAGGACCUGGGCCUGAAGUGGUACGGCCUCCCCGCCGUGUCCAACAUGCUUCUUGAGAUCGGCGGCCUGGAGUUCAGCGCCUGUCCCUUCAGCGGCUGGUACAUGGGCACAGAGAUUGGCGUCCGCGACUACUGUGACAAUUCCCGCUACAACAUCCUGGAGGAAGUGGCCAAGAAGAUGAACUUAGAUAUGAGGAAGACAUCCUCCCUGUGGAAGGACCAGGCACUGGUGGAGAUCAAUAUUGCAGUUCUCUACAGCUUUCAGAGCGACAAGGUGACCAUCGUCGACCACCACUCGGCCACCGAGUCCUUCAUCAAGCACAUGGAGAACGAGUACCGCUGCCGGGGAGGCUGCCCCGCCGACUGGGUGUGGAUCGUGCCCCCCAUGUCCGGCAGCAUCACCCCCGUCUUCCACCAGGAGAUGCUCAAUUACCGCCUCACGCCCUGCUUCGAAUACCAGCCCGAUCCCUGGAACACCCACGUCUGGAAGGGCACCAACGGGACCCCCACAAAGCGGCGAGCCAUCGGCUUCAAGAAGCUGGCAGAAGCUGUCAAGUUCUCGGCCAAGCUGAUGGGGCAGGCAAUGGCCAAGAGGGUCAAAGCGACCAUCCUCUAUGCCACGGAGACCGGCAAAUCACAAGCCUAUGCCAAGACCUUGUGUGAGAUCUUCAAACACGCCUUUGAUGCCAAGGUGAUGUCCAUGGAAGAAUACGACAUCGUGCACCUGGAGCAUGAGACUCUGGUCCUGGUGGUUACCAGCACCUUUGGCAACGGAGACCCCCCUGAGAACGGAGAGAAAUUCGGCUGUGCGCUGAUGGAAAUGAGGCAUCCCAACUCUGUGCAGGAGGAAAGAAAGUACCCGGAACCCUUGCGUUUCUUUCCCCGUAAAGGGCCUUCCCUCCCCCGUGGUGACACAGAAGUCCACGGUCUGGCUACAGCCCGUGACAGCCAGCACAGGAGCUACAAGGUCCGAUUCAACAGCGUCUCCUCUUAUUCUGACUCCCAAAAAUCAUCAGGCGACGGGCCCGGCCUCAGAGACAACUUUGAGAGUGCUGGACCCCUGGCCAAUGUGAGGUUCUCCGUGUUUGGUCUCGGCUCACGCGCAUACCCUCACUUUUGUGCCUUUGGACAUGCUGUGGACACCCUCCUGGAGGAGCUAGGAGGAGAGAGAAUCUUGAAGAUGAGAGAAGGAGACGAGCUCUGUGGACAGGAAGAGGCUUUCAGGACCUGGGCCAAGAAGGUCUUCAAGGCAGCCUGUGACGUGUUCUGCGUGGGGGACGACGUCAACAUUGAGAAGGCGAACAAUUCUCUCAUCAGCAACGACCGCAGCUGGAAGAGGAACAAGUUCCGCCUCACCUAUGUGGCCGAGGCUCCAGAGCUUACACAAGGUCUAUCCAAUGUCCACAAAAAGCGAGUCUCAGGCGCCCGACUCCUUAGCCGUCAGAACCUCCAGAGCCCUAAAUCCAGCCGGUCGACUAUCUUUGUGCGUCUCCACACCAACGGGAAUCAGGAGUUGCUGUACCAGCCUGGGGAUCACCUGGGCGUCUUCCCUGGCAACCACGAGGACCUUGUGAAUGCCCUGAUUGAGCGACUGGAGGACGCGCCCCCUGCCAACCAGAUGGUGAAGGUGGAGCUGCUGGAGGAGAGAAACACAGCCUUAGGCGUCAUCAGCAACUGGGCGGACGAGCACCGCCUCCCGCCCUGCACCGUCUUCCAGGCUUUCAAGUACUACCUGGACAUCACCACGCCGCCGACGCCCCUGCAGUUGCAACAGUUUGCCUCCCUGGCCACCAGCGAAAAGGAGAAGCAGCGUCUGCUGGUCCUCAGCAAGGGCUUGCAGGAGUACGAGGAAUGGAAGUGGGGUAAGAACCCCACCAUCGUGGAGGUCCUGGAGGAGUUCCCGUCCAUCCAGAUGCCAGCCACCCUGCUCCUGACCCAGCUGUCCCUGCUGCAGCCUCGCUACUAUUCCAUCAGCUCCUCCCCCGACAUGUACCCCGAUGAGGUGCACCUCACCGUGGCAGUGGUCUCCUACCGCACCCGAGAUGGAGAAGGACCCAUCCAUCACGGCGUGUGUUCCUCCUGGCUUAACCAGAUACAGGCUGAUGAUGUGGUCCCCUGUUUCGUGAGAGGAGCACCCAGCUUCCACCUGCCCCGAAACCCCCAAGUUCCCUGCAUCCUGGUUGGUCCGGGCACUGGCAUUGCGCCUUUCCGCAGCUUCUGGCAACAGCGGCAAUUUGAUAUCCAGCAUAAAGGAAUGAGCCCUUGCCCCAUGGUCCUGGUCUUUGGGUGCCGGCAGUCCAAGAUAGAUCACAUCUACAGGGAGGAGACCCUGCAAGCCAAGAACAAGGGCGUCUUCCGAGAGCUGUACACGGCCUACUCCCGGGAGCCCGACAAACCAAAGAAGUACGUGCAGGACAUCCUGCAAGAGCAGCUGGCCGAGUCUGUGUACCGAGCCCUGAAGGAGCAAGGGGGCCACAUUUACGUCUGCGGGGACGUCACCAUGGCUGCCGACGUCCUCAAAGCCAUCCAGCGCAUCAUGACCCAGCAAGGGAAGCUCUCGGCAGAGGAUGCCGGCGUAUUCAUCAGCAGGCUAAGGGAUGACAACCGGUACCACGAGGACAUUUUCGGGGUCACCCUGCGAACAUACGAAGUGACCAACCGCCUUAGAUCUGAGUCCAUUGCCUUCAUUGAAGAGAGCAAAAAAGACACCGAUGAGGGUCCAGGACAUGAAGAUCAUCAAUUGUUCCCUAUUGAAGUGAGAGCAAACUUAGAAACAACAGAUUUGUCCAUUUCUUCUUUGUUUUGUUUUAUUUUGAGUUAA